AAAUCAAACUAUCGAGAUAGAUCUUAUGUUAAAAUGCACGAGUUGUUGGCCAAAGUUCUAAAUGAGAAGGAUCUAUCAAAGGCUGGAGACCUGUUCUCACUGGAGGAUCAUGAAAUUGAUGGUGACAUUAGCACUGCUCUGAAUAAAAUAGGGGACAUAAUCGAUACUGAGGACUAUGUAUCUAACGAUAACGACCAGAGUGUGGUGGAAAUCUGUAUCACGCGUGUCACGACAGCCAUCAGGGAGAUGGACACAAUUGAAGAAUACUCGUCAGGACUAGUGCAUCUCCUACAACUGUGUCAGCAACACAAUCUCAACCCUGUCAGCCAAGACAAAGAUCCUCCCCACGCCAAGGUGGCCUCAGAUAUCAUGAGCUGUCUGUUUAUGCACUAUGGCAAGUGUAAGGUAAUGACAAUGGCAAUUCCAGUGGUGGUCAAUUUCCUCAGCAGUGAUAAUAAAGAGCUGAGUCGUAACGUGUCCAGUUAUCUGUCCCUGGCAGCACUAGACAAUGCUGAUCUUUUGGCCAGACACAUGGAAAUCAUCCUUAACAGCAUGUUUAGAGGAAACUACAUUCUUAGCACAGUUCUUCCUCAGAUCUAUACACAGAAUAGUGACCCAAUCAUUGAUUGUACAGAAAGACUGAUAGACAUACUAGAUCAGUGUGAUGUAUCAGAGAGAAGUAGUCUUUGUCAGGUGUUCUCCAUGGUGGCCAAAAAUAAACCACAGACAUUAGAACCACACAUUCCUAAGCUGUCUGAGUACCUGUCCACAUCCGUCUUAGCACCUCUUAUUUUGGUGAUGUUUGUUGACAUGGCAAUAGCUAAUCCAAACCCCUUUGUCAGUUAUGUAUCGGUGCUAAAAUCCUCGGCAGAGAAGCAGCCUAUUCACCUGAUCCAUGUCGUCCAGAUAUUGGGGGCUGUUGGAACAAUUAACGAGGAACAGGCCCAGCUGAGCAUGAAUUACUUUGUGUCCAAUCUAAAUCAGACUGACCAGGCAGUAUUGACGGUCAUUCUACAGGAAAUUAAGGCCCUGAGUAUUAAUCACCCAGACCUCCUGGCUGACAACAUGGACAAAAUCAGUAAACUGUCCCAGAAUGGCUCCAGUGCUGUACGCAUUCUUGUACAACAGUUGAAGGAUGAUAAUAAAAAGAGGUCAAGUGCUCUAGAGAAGGACAAAGAGAUGAAGUCAGUAUCCAGUCAAACAGAGGGAGCAGUGACAGUUAUUACAGUAGGGAACCCCCCAAACUCAGCCAAUCCUAAUGGUAUCACAGUCCGGCGCAUGAAUAUACCCUCCAGUAAUAUGUCUAGUGAACAGAGUCUCGGCAAAUCAUCCAGGACCAGUGUGUCUACAGGUCGCUAUGACAGACCAGUCAGUCCGGCCUCUGUCUACACUGACAGAAUGUCCAUGAUGAGCUCUGUCAGUAGUCAGCAUGGACCCUCAGUUGAGUCUAUGCGUGAUGGUGUACAGCAUUUCUGUGACAAACAUUUCAGUACAAUUCGCAACUUCAUCAUGAACAUAUCAGCUCGCAUUCCACUUCCAGAAGUCUGCAGUGUCAUUAAUGGUCGUCAUAAGCGGUUCCUGAGACUCAGCUUUCUCUGUGGUGGUAAGGGAGAUCAGUGUAUAUAUAACAAAUCCUACUUCACACUGGAUACAAAGUUACCAAAAACCUGGAUCCAUCUCAUGUUUCUCUCUACGCAGGCCAAAGCAGCAUCAGCAUUAAGUCAGCAUGACUACAGCAUAAGUCGCCUUAAGACUUGCUGGGACUCCCUACAAACAGACAGAUCAACAUGGAGUUUCCUAACUCUUGUCACCUCUUCAUUCCCAUCUGCAAAGGAUCAAGAUAUUCUGAUCCAUGAGCUGCACUGUUCUCGGUUUUUUGACGUGUUUGAGUUUAAUGCUGCCAAGAAGUACUGGGCUUGUUUCAUGUGUAAUCACCCAGAGAAGAUGUGGGAUUUAAUGAAAAAUGGUUCUCCAGUUAUAGCAGGUCAGUUGAGAGAGAAGAAGGGAAAAUGGAAGUUCCUGAAGAGAUGGAAGACCAGGUACUUCACUCUGUCAGGGACACAGAUUACAUACAGCAAGAGUGACCAGCGACAUGAGACCCUUCCUGUAAGUAAGAUCCAGAGUGUUAAGGCAGUAAGGAAAGGCUACCGUGAUAUUCCCAAGGCAUUCGAAAUAUUUACAGCAGACCAGUCGUACACCUUCAAGGCCAAAGGUCACCAGAAUAUUGAACAGUGGGUGCAGUGUUUACACAUUGCUGUGGCUCAAGCACACAAAGGGGAUGGCUCUAAGACAGGGACAGGGAAGGCUGAUCAGGGUCCCCCUAGACAGGACAAUGUUGUUAUUGAGAGGCCUAGGUCUGUCAUGGAUACCAAGCUAUGAUGUAGCAAAUUUCAACCAGUGCAUUAAGUUUUCUGUUGAAACCCUUAUCAAAGAAUUCAUAUGCAUUCAAGAGGUGCUUAAUAGUACCUCACUUAAAAUUCAUCUGAUUAAUUUUGCCAAAGACUGUACAGUUUACAAAGUAAGUGAUACAUAGCAACUGAAUAUAAGGUUGUAUAUAUCAUUAUUUUUAUUGCUUUGUACUUUUGUCAUUAGCCCUACAAGGAAAUUGAGAAAGCUUUUGUAUUCAUAUUUACAUGCAUGGAAGGAUUCAACAAAGAGCAAUGGUGUUAGUGAAACCACAGCUUUUUUUCUCAGUUUAUUUUCUUCAGUCAAAUGUACAAAUCUUGAGUAAUUUUAUAAUUCACCUUCAGAAUUACUGUGAUAUUUAUUAUCUACAAAAGAAAAAUAUACAUACACUAUACAUGUACUGGACUUAUUUACAAAAAGAUGUUAGAUGUGUUGUGUACCUGACACGGUUUUAUAUGACUAACUGUAAUGAGUACUUCCCUACUGACAGAUAAGUAUUACUGUGUCUGGGGCAUUGUCCUAAUUAGGUUUUACAUUCCAAAGCUUCACCCUUAGGUCACCAAGAGACCCGGUCAUUGCACUCUUGACUACACACCCAGCAGUUACUGUAAUUACGGGUGUUGAUUUCUUUGUUGUUGAUCAGUGAAUCUCAGUUGUACAUAUCAUUUUUUUUUGUUGAUGCACUUCCACCUCUACCUGUAUGUUAACCCCUGUAUUUAUUUGUAUGACAUGACAACAAAUGAUGAAACCUAGCUACUGCAAAAACAAUUCCUGUUAAGUAUAUUAUUGUUAUUAUUUCCCCAAGAAACUUACAAAUUUUGGCUUACUUGUUUCUUCAUUGUCUAUGAUUUGAGGUUGGAUUUAGCCACUGUGGUAUAUGAGACUGAGAUUUCAUAGGGCUCCAAGUAAUGUCUG